AUGGCGGGCAGUCUGACAGAUACCAUAGUCACAUCUGUCCGAGCCAUGCCCAGGCAGGAUAAUGAAAAUUACGAAGGCCCUCUCUGUAGUCUUCAGCAUACAAGGCCUGAUCAGAGUAUCGUGGAGGCUGGAUACCCACUGUGCUGUAGCAAUGUUGAUGACAAGACAAAUGCAUGGCUUGUGGACGACGAGGUCCAUCUGAAUGGCAUGUCAGACAGCGAUGGCGGUACGCCUCAGGUCCGAUUAUGCGGUGGUAAGAAUAAAGGCUGGGAGGGAUGCACGAGCAUGGCUGGUGAAGUCUUAGAGGAUGGCGAGGACGAUGGCCAGCUUGACGAAAUCCCCGACCUGGUUCAUCCCGACGCCCGCCAUCAGAUGAUUUCUCAUCUUCUCGGGAAUGGCCUCGAGCAUCUAGAAUGGGACGCAAGUACGUCUUGUCCUUUUACCGAUGUCGAGGGGCGUACUGUGAUGGUUCUCGCAGACCAACCCAAUGGUACUCACAUGGACUAUGUCGCGCAAGCCAUGUCAGACCCUCUCGAGGACGCCAGGCAGCUCGGUCAAUCACUCCACUGUCGCAUGGACGGCAAGGGGAGCACACUAUGGACUGAUUGUCAAGUGAACCAUCGGCGCAGCGAGUACACCUCACCCACUUUGAGGUAUUCAUUCGGCCACGGGCAAGGUUUGAGUUUGACAUUGGCGUCGCCCUUUGAGUUCACUGACAUGCACUAUCAGAGGCCCCGAGAGCUCCACAUCGUGUCGAACCAGAAGCCUAUUCGGAGAGGUUGCCUACCAGCUGUGAAAUACAUCGGAUCGCAGGCCCUUAAUUCUGAUUAUGUGACUUUUGGGCCCAAAACCUCUUAUAACAAUUCUCGUAGUGCAACCAAACACCCAGUAACCACAAAACGAAAGGAGACGCACGAAUUCUGUAGUGGAUGCAUCUUUUUGAAACUCGAUGAGCUCGAAGCACUAUGUGCAGGCAGUUCCGUAGGAAGCAUCGCAUCCGCUCAUGUACCGCUCAAGCGUUCGAAGUCGCUCGUCGAUCGCUUAGCAGAGGCGAGGAUGCUUCUGGGCUCGCGGAGGGGAGAAGAGGAGAAUCUGGACCAGCGAGGAAGUUCCGGUAUGAUUGAUCAGACUUCGAUGAGAGAAUUUGCGCACAAGGACGGAGUCAAAAGCCGUAGGGAAAAUCAGAUGGUUUGCCGCGUACUUGUGAUCGUCGAUGUGGGAUCCAUCGAUGGGAGUGGCAUUGACACCGGAAGGUGGACUACCGGACGGUUUGGGGAGAGAUUUAAGAUCCAUUUUGAUGGCGAUGUGCGGCAUGACAUGUUGGUGGCGUACGAGAUUGGUCCUGCGGCAUUCUACUGGACGAGAGUAAUCAAGCGAGGGAGAAUAUACCUGCAAUCGCUCCACCAUCUUGGCGGACCCCUCCUUGAAGCACUGUCAAAUGAUUUUCAUGAUCUUCGUUCGAUGUGGAAUAUCACAGUCGUGCAGCAGUUCAUGGCUAAAAUAGCGGAGGAGAUCGUCAAACUCAGGAUUAUGAUGCUGGAAGAGAAUGGUAACAACUUGAAGGACGCUCACCUGAUCAUCGACGACGAGGACACGAGCUAG